AAAAAAUUGCUAUACAUGUUUCCAAAUAAAUCUAAUUUGUACUUGAGUUUUAAUAAGAUAGAUAUAGCUCUUUAUCCAAAAAAAAAGAAAAAUAAAUGAAUAAUAUAUGAUAUAUUGUUUCACAUGCAUAACAAAAGUGAAAUUUUUGACUAUUUCUGUUUCGUUUUCCAUAAUUUUCUUUCGGCAUAUAUCCGAACCAGCCAUUUGAAAUACCACGUUUAAAAAUAAUUCUCCUAAAUUCUUACUUGCCAUCUUUUGUUUUUGGUCAACCCAGAAGCGUGCUUAAUGUGUUACCAAAAAGGUUUUUGCCUUGGGCCUCCAAAAUAUAUAGACAUUUUAUGGCUCUUAUUAAAAGUUUGGGUUAGGUUAGUGGUUUUACUAAACACACUGUAUUAUCAUCUGAAGUUGGAAGCCCAAAAGUUGCAUUUAUUUUCUUUUAUCAGAAAAGAUUAUUUUUGUUUUAUUGUAUAGCUAAUUAUAAAUUAUAGACUUGCGAGCUUCUCUUAAGUAAUCUUUGCUAACUUAAAUCAUAGUAGUGCUGAUUGUUUUAUAGUUGUGCUAAUUUUUCUUUAAUUAUAUGAUAUAUUUUUAUCAAAAAAUUUUUUCGUUAAAAGACUGUAUUUUUAUAUUUGUCUCAAGCCUCUGUAAAUCUUCGCACGACACUGGAUCAUAUAUAUUUUUAUCAAACUUUUUUUUCAUAUAUAUUUGCACUGAGCAUGAUUAACACAGGGUUUUUAGAUGGUGUUCUAAGCAGAAUAUAAGAAACUGUCUCUUAAUUUUUAACUAAAAAUCCACGCUAAAAUUCUAUCUUUAACCAUCCUCUUAUAUGCCCAUUGCCCACGAGAAAAAUUAUUCGCUUCUAAUUAAAAAGUUGAAGGGUAAUUUUGUAAUACUAGAAAACUAAUGAUCGCAUCUGCAUAGAGGUAACUUUAUUAUAUAAAGACCUCAAAGUCAUUCCGUUUUAACGGAAAAGCUCUCCACGCCAGAGAAAAAAAAGAGACCCAGGAAUCUUAGCAACAAUGGCGAUGGCUUUCAAGAUGGCGACGACGGGGAUGCGAGUGACGGAAGAGUGCACGAGCUCAUUCUUGGAGAUGAAAUGGAAGAAAGUGCACAGAUACAUCGUGUUCAAGAUCGAUGAGAAUUCCCGUAAAGUCACCGUCGACAAAGUCGGCGGCGCCGGAGAAAACUAUCAAGAUCUCACCGCUUCCUUACCCGUGGACGACUGUCGCUAUGCCGUAUUUGAUUUCGACUUUGUCACGGUCGAUAACUGCCGCAAGAGCAAGAUCUUCUUUAUCUACUGGUCGCCGGAGGCAUCAAGAAUAAGGGCAAAGAUCUUAUACGCAACGUCGAAGGCUGGGCUAAGGAGGGUUUUGGAAGGGAUUCACUAUGAGCUUCAAGCUACCGAUCCGACUGAGAUGGGAUUCGAUAUUAUCCAAGACCGUGCCAAAUAAGUUAAUCAAAAGAGUAUAAUAUAAUAUGAUCUGACUGACCCACUUUGUCGAUAAUUAUCAUUGAUCAGGUAUCAAUUAAUGUUAAUUAUUGGUGGUUAGUGCUUACUUUCAGUCUCACCAACAGCACCCUUUAAUUAUGUAUGUACUGAUGUUGCUUUUUUAUGUUUCAUUGUUAUCUCCUUUUGUCGGUUAAGCACACAUGAAAAGGAGUGAAUCUCUUCCAAAUCUUAAUAGAAACGAUAUAUCAUAAUA